AUGUUCUCUCCGCCGUGUGGUCAGUCUCAUUUUGAGAGAGUUAUAUCGUCCUCUUCCUCCUCCUCUUUGUCCUCCUCUCAAAUCACAAGUACUGGUAACUACCACCACCAGCACAACACGAAGAACGCACUGCAGAAGAGGAAAGCACCGAUGAAACUCUUCGCGCACCCGAAUAAGAACAGAAUGCGAAGCAAUAAAAAAGCUAUCGACAAUUCAAACAAGCCAUAUACGCCGUGGGCGCUGGAUUUGGCGUUAAUAUUCAACUGGACCGAUAUUAUCGACGAGGAGUUGCGAGAGGAGAAAAAGUCUCUGAACAUAUUCCUCGACGGGGCAAACAUCGCGUGGCAGCGCGGUGCUCUCUUGAGGAAAAAGUUCAAAUGUCGACAGUUUCCUCUCAGUGCGGGAAUAAUUGAGGCUUUGAACUACGAGCAUUGGUCGAAUCAUAAAGUAAUAGCGUAUCUUCCAAAAGAAUACGUCAUCGGCGAGCUGCCAAACUUGUGCGACGGCGGAGGCUUAGCGACAGUCAACACGGAACACGUAAAGUAUUUGCAAAACGGUAUUUGGGUGAACGAAAAGCUGAAAGCACUCGUGGAUGAAGGGAAAAUACAGCUCGUGGAGCGCAAAGAAGGCGGCGACGACGAUUUAACGAUAAUCGCUGAAGCGAAAGCGAAAGACGCGUGGAUAUGUUCAAACGACCAGUUUCGAGAUCAUAAGAACGACAAGAGCCUUCCGUUUUCUGGAGGCCGCUCGCUCAGAGAGUUUUCUCGUUUAAGACGAUUCGAGUGUAACUUUUUAAUCGCUCCGGGUUUAGACGAGAAAAUGUUGCACGCUAUGCAAUCCGCGAAAGGGUGGGAACCGAAAGUUGGUUGGGAGUUCGAUGCGUUCUACAAAGAGGAAUCCGAAAAGAAGAGACGGAAUAUCGUGAGCAGUAGUAACAGUAGUAGUGACGAUGAUAGUAACAAUAAUAGUAGUGCACAUGGUUCCGGGAGAAACGAUAAUCCUGGCGCUUUAAAUGGCGUUCUGCCGUUUUACGCCAUGCCGCACGAAGUUCUCCCAUGCUAUUUCGAGCCAGUGCCGACGACGGCUAUGAUUGAAGCGAAAAAGUUGUUCGAAAAAAAGAAAGAUUGGUCGCCACCGUUCGUGAAGAAAGAGUAA